AUGACGACCAUCGGCGCACCCCGGGACAAGUACAAUGCGUUGUGGAUUUUUUUCUUCAUCCUGGGCCUGGGAACUCUCUUGCCGUAGAAUUUCUUCGCGACAGUAACGGCGUAAUUCACGAGCAGACUGAAAGACGCUCCGGCGAACUCCACGGCGUUCGUCGCGAUCGUCGGAGAAACUCGUGGUGUGCUCGAGUCAAAGUUCAACAACGUUAUGACGCUCUGUGUUAUGGUGCCCCCGCUCAUCUUCACCUGCCUCAACUCCUUCAUUCACCGGCGGAUACCUCAGAAGCUGCGCAUCUCGGGCAGCCUGAUCGUCGUCAUGCUGGUUUUCGCGCUGACGGCAGUGUUUGUCAAAGUGAACGUGACACCGCUACCCUUCUUUGUCCUCACGACGAUCAAAAUUGUCUGCAUCAGCUCGUUUGGGGCCAUCUUUCAGAGCAGUCUGUUUGGACUGGAGGGGAUCCUCCCCGCCGCCUACACCACCGCCAUCAUGAGCGGGCAGGGUCUGGCCGGCACCUUUGCCUCUUUCGCCAUGAUCUGCGCGCUGGCUACUGGAUCGAGACCGCGCGACAGCGCUUUUGGUUACUUCGUUGCGGCCUGCGUUGUCAUUUUUCUGGUUGCGACGUCUUACAUCGCUCUGCCCAGGAUGGAAUUCUUCCGGUACUACAUGGAGCAUAACAAGAAGAUGGGAUUGAUGAAAAAAGAAAACCUGAUGGAAGACAGUUCCAUCUUUAAAAUCUUCAAACAGAUCUGGACGACGGCGCUGUCCGUCUGCUUCAUCUUCCUCAUCACCAUCAGAGCCUUUCUGGCCGUGACCGCUGAAGUCAAGCCGACGACGGUCACAAACGAAGGCGGCUGGAACGAGUACUUCGUCCCCGUGUCGUGUUUCCUGCUCUUCAACGCGAUGGAUUGGGCCGGCCGGAGCCUGACGGCCUUCUGCGCGUGGCCUGGUAAAGACGGCAUCUGGCUUCCCGCGCUGGUGGGCCUGUGGGUCGUCUUCAUCCCGCUCUUCAUGCUCUGUAACGUCGUGCCUCGUCGCCACCUCCCCGUUCUCUUUUAUCACGACGCCUGGUACGUCGUCUUCAUGAUCCUCUUCGCUUUCUCCAACGGCUACCUGGCCAGCCUCUGCAUGUGCUUGGGACCAAAGGGGGUGCCGCAGCAUCAGGCAGAGACCGCUGGCGCCAUCGUGACCUUCUUCUCAUCCCUCGGCUUGGUGCUGGGCACCGCCAUCUCUUUUGCCGUCUGGGCCCUGGUAUAA